CCAUUGUUAGUAUUCAGGGAUAUGAUUUUGAGCGCUGACGCGUGUCUUGUAAUUAUCAAUCAAUUUGUGCAAGAUUAAAAUGGUGCAUACGACAUGUGCUGUGCGACAAUGCCUGUCGUCUUCUUCCAUAAAUAAAGAACUGCGAUUUCAUCAAUUUGUCACGCUCAAUGAAAAGAUCCAAAUUGUGGGUGCAAGCUUGUAGCAGACCUGAUUUACUUGAAAGAAGUUUCCAGAGUCUUACGUAUAUGCACAUUUGCAGUUUGCAUUUCGAAAAGCGUAUGUACAGCAAGAAAACACUAAAGAGAACAGCUAUACCAACUUUAUUUUUACCAACCCAUACCACAGCCCAUACCCAUUCACAGACUGAUCCUGAAGUCAACAUUUUAGAUGAUGUAAUAUUGCGUUCCUGUGACAAACUACUUAUUUUAAAACCAAAAGCCACUCAAACUUGCCAUAAAUUAGCAGGUCCAUCAUCACAAUUUGCAGAAACCACCGAUAAAACUAAAUAUAUAGGUAUUGAUAGUACUUCGCAAACACCAGCAAGAUUGACGGCCCACAUCCCCCGGAAAAGAAAACUCAGAGACCAGGUAUCCAAAAUAAACAAAAAGCUAAAAUUAACUGAAGAAAAAUGUCAAGAGAUUACUGAGAGUCAAUUUCUGAAAGGCUGUGAUAAUUUUUUAUCGCCUAAGUUAAGCGCGAUCGUAAAAGCGCAAAUUUAUUUAAGACCACACUGUAAAAACAAUAGAUAUAGCAGAGAAUUUAAAUUGUUUUGCCUCAAUAUUUACUACUCAAGCCCGCUCGCUUAUCGAUUCUUAUCGAAGACAAUUUGUUUGCCGUCCAAAUCAACUUUAGCUUCCAUGUACCUUCCUAUAGAACCUAAAGUUAACCAACAGACGUGGGAUGUUCUAAUAGCUACUACGAAGCACAUGUCAUCUUCUGAAAAAGAAUGUGUGCUUUGUAUGGAUGAAAUGAGCCUGAAGUUGAAUUUAUUUUAUGAUACUAAGGGAAGGAAGGAAGAUAAAAUAUUAGGAUUACAUGAAGUAGAUGGGCAACAGAAACCUGUUGCUGCAGGGUAUGCCUUUACCUUGAUGCUCCGAGGUAUAACGUCAAAUUGGAAACAACCUAUUGGCUUUUCCUUUAUAUCCAGUAGUAAAAUUGAUGAUCAAUUGAAAACAUGGAUAACAACUACAGUCCAACGUUUUCUACAGCUCGGAUUUAAUAUACGAGCUUUCGUAUCAGAUUUAGGAUCGGAUUUUUUGGCACUUUCAAAAACAUUAGGGAUCUCGAAAAAUAACUCAUGUUUUGAGAUUUAUGGGCGCAAAAUAUACUACAUAUUUGACGUUCCUCACUCAAUAAAGUGCGUUAGAAAUAAUUUGAUAAAUUACAACUUUGAGUUUGACGGCAAAACAGUUCGGUGA